AUGAGAAACCACACAUCGCUGGAUGAGUUCAUUCUACUGGGCAUACCUCAGACAGAGGGAGUGGAGCCUGUACUCUUUGUCAUCUUUGCCUUCAUCUAUUUCUUCACCCUGCUGGGAAACUUACUCAUCUUCACUGCAAUCGUGUCCUCCUCUACCCUUCACACCCCCAUGUACUUUUUCUUGGGACUUCUGUCUAUUUUUGACAUGCUCUUCCCAUCUGUAACCUGUCCCAAGAUGCUACUUUACCUCUCUGGCCAGAGUCGAGCCAUCUCUUAUGAGGGAUGUGCCUCACAGCUCUUCUUCUAUCAUCUUCUGGGCUCCACUGAAGGCUGCAUCUAUUCUGUGAUGGCUUAUGAUCGCUUCGUGGCCAUCUGUCACCCACUGAGGUAUAUGAUCAUCAUGAAACCUGAAGUCUGCAUGACCUUGGUCGGAGUUGCCUGGCUGGUGGGAAUCCUUCAUGCUUCCACCCUGACCUCCUUCACCUUUCAGUUAACCUACUGCGGCCGCAGCAAGGUGGACCACUUCUUCUGUGACAUUCCUGCUGUUUUACCUCUGGCUUGUAAUGACAGCUCCUUGGCCAAGCGAGUGGGUUCCAUUAAUGUUGGCCUUCUGGCUUUAAUGCUCUUAUUCAGUGUUUGUGUCUCCUACACACACAUCGGCAUCGCCAUUCUGAGGAUCCGUUCAGCCGAGGGCAGGCAAAAAGCUUUCUCCACCUGCAGCGCCCACCUCACAGCAAUCCUCUGUGCCUAUGGACCCGUGAUCAUCAUCUAUCUGCAGCGCACUCCCAACCCCCUUCUUGGCUCUGUCCUGCAGAUAUUAAAUAACAUUGUCUCGCCCAUGCUGAACUCUCUAAUCUACUCCUUGAGGAAUAAGGAAGUGAAAAACUCCCUGAAAAGGGUGUUCCAAAAGGUUAUACUUAUUGUUCAUGAAUAA